UGCACGGAGGAGACGAGACGAUUCGUUGAGUGGCCACGCGUUCCCGUCCAUCCGUUGUCGUCGUUCGGUUCGUUGGUUGUUGCUUUGCUUUGCAUUGCAAUUCACUCACUCACAUCGACAUCAACCGAGUCAGUACCACAGCGCGUACCUAUGUCCGCGCUUAAGCUUCAUAACCUAUAAAUUUUAACAACCCUGGUAUUUUAGGAUAAUUAAUUUCAUAUUUCGCCAAAUACUCAUGAUUACCUCGAAUUUAUAAGUUAGUGUUGUGAUAUAUUACGCCCAAUAGUGGGCGUGCGUGAAGUGUAUUUUUGUGCAACACAAAGUAAAUACAAACGGCAAGCUGUGGGGAUCAGGGGCCUUUUUUUUGCCGCCGCAGGGGAUGUAUUAUCCUGUGAGUAACGGCAAUGUCAUCGAUACAGGAACUCCUACCCUACUGCACAUGGUGGGGACGGGUAUGGCGAACCCGUUCCCUGCGGCGGCGGCGGCUGCGGCUGCGGCAGCGCAGUUCGCCGCCAACGGAGACGCGCUGGCCGGUGUGAAGGCGGAGGCUGGCGGCCCCACCGCGCCUCCGCAGCCCCCCUUGGUAAAGAGUGAAGGGCCGCCGCCGCCAGCACCGCUCCCGCCGGCCAAUUUUUCACCGCAACCACCUCCACAACCACAUGCACCUAAUUCUAUAGAAAACCAAAAUAAUAGUUCACAAAGUGAUGUGGAUUCAAACGAGGAAAGCACACCUGUGAGCGUGUCAGCGGCGCAGCAGGCGGCGGCCGUGGUGGCGCAGCAAGCAGCCGCCGCGCACGCCGCCGCCGCCGCCGUCAGCGCGGCCGUAGCUAACGCCACCGCCGCACAGACCGCCUCCUCAGAGAAAUCACUCGUACCCGUCUCACAAGGAUCACAACCCAAACGGUUACACGUUUCGAACAUACCCUUCAGAUUUCGAGACCCCGAUCUUAGAAAUAUGUUUGGGCAAUAUGGCACAAUACUUGAUGUAGAAAUAAUCUUCAAUGAACGAGGCUCCAAGGGAUUCGGUUUUGUAACAUUCGCAAAUAGUGGUGAUGCGGAGCGAGCACGAGAGCGUCUUCACGGCACCGUGGUUGAGGGCAGAAAGAUAGAGGUUAAUAAUGCGACAGCCAGAGUGCAGACAAAGAAACCACCUACAGUACCAAACGUGUGUGUCCAGUGGCCGGAAGCGAGAGGCGCCCGCCGCAGCCCGCGCCCCCCCGCCCCGCCGCCGCCCCCGCACCACGUCCUCCCGCACGCCGUCCUGCCCCGCGCAGCCUACGCGUCGCCGUUGCACGCAUACGCACAUGUAUAUUACGACCCAUUCUUAGCUGCUGCCACGGCUGACUCCAACUACAGACUACAGGCCGCCAAACCCGCAGCCGAGGCUGCCGCCGCGGCCGCAGCAGUAGCUGGUCCAUUGCUGAAGUCGCCGCUCGCGACGGCGCAGCAGGCGGCGGCGGCGGCGGCGGCUGCCAACUACGGGGCGGCCGCGCGCGCCGCCGCCGCCGCAGUCAGCGCCGCGCCUCAACCCGCCGCGCUCGCGCCCUUAGCAGCCACGUACGGCAGAGAAUACGCUGAUCCCUACUUAGGUCACGGAAUAGGCCCUGUGACUGGUUACGGGACUGCGGUGUAUAGAAGUGGUUACAACAGAUUUGCGCCAUAUUAAGCCAGUGGAACAAAGAAACGAUUUUACUCGAAUAUGGAACUGCUAUCAUCUUUACCCUAACAUGACAAUGGACUCUCUUUAAACGUACAAACGUUAACAUAAUUUAAGGUAUCAGUUAUAGUGCCAGCCGAUUACUGUAUAGGUAAACCUGGAUAGCAUAGAAACUAACCUGCGAGCGUGCCGAGCUGACCGCGCCGCCAACUAAGUAGUAACUUAUGAAUACCAAAAAUCUAACAGAAAUAGUUUGUUAAGAUAAACUUACAUAUUGUAAAUUAUUUAUGUACCUAUUGCUAUACAAGUGCGAGCAGCUAAACUAAGUGCUUACGUUCUAUUUAGAUAUUUGUAAGAGUUACUAUUUUAUUAACACAUAAAUGAAUGUGGAUAUCUACAAUUUGCGUAUGGUAAUAUUUAAUGUAGAUGUUACACGUGUAAUGUAAUGACAAUAGAAAGAUAUUUCAUGUAAACGAUAUUUAGUGAGCUUUGCACUUGCAUAUCAUAGAGAAAAUGUAUAUAUUGUGACCCGGACAUAUUUUACUCAUUUGAAAUAACGAUUCGGUUUUAAUUCAGGUUUUUUAACUAUUUGAACUUGUUUGUGAUACAAGUAGCGGGCCCAAUCAGGCUAUGAGGCCGUUUUAAUGUCUUUAUUUUACCAAGUUUUAUUCCUUUAUUUAUUUCCUUAAAAAUUUUUUGUUCCGAAUAUACAAUUCUACAGUUACAAAAGAGUCACUGUUAGCCUGUUAAUUUCCCAAAUAUUUUAACUUAACUAUCUACAACAUGGUGCGAUUUUAUACGGUGCCAUUUAUUUCGGUUGUUUACGUAUAUAAUUUUCAUAGUUACCUUCUAACAUAUAUUUAAAAUGGCUAAUGUUAAAUAGCACUAGAAUCGUUCGGUACAACAGUUGUGCGUUUGCUGUAGUUACGUUUCGCUUGAAGCUUGCACGGCGAGUUACCGCGAUUUCACACUCGCGCGGAAUUGAGCCGAGGAUGACAAUACUUAGUAGCUACAUAUUCUGCUGCUGUAAGCUGUAAGAUACGGUUUCAAUUGUAUACGGAUAAAGAGAGUGCGAUUCUUUAAAAUAAUGUGCAGUUAAUGUACGAUCUCGACGAAAACACUCGACUUAAGUAUUCUCAUCCUAACUCGCUGUGUAUGUUACGCUUCGCGUUAAUAAUAAAAAAAGUUUACCUUUCAGUUAUAUAAUCGAGUCAUCUCGAUCGCUAGUUAAUAGCGUUUAAUAUUUUACUAAUAUUAGACAUAGUGCUUUAGAUGUAGUGAUUAAGAAGAGAAGGGAACUCCAUCGAGUUCUUACAUAUCAUUGAGAUUUCUCCUUGUAAUUAUGUUAGUGUUGUCUUCAACGGUGUCUAAUUUUACGAUUAUAAUUUACAGGUGCACUUUAUUUUGAUCAAAUGCAGACGGGUGCAACCCUUAGACGUCGUCGUUUUAAUCUGUAGAUGUUAACAUUUGCACUAGAAUUACAAAAUAUUGUAAAAUCUAAAAUUCGCUCAAAGUUUAUACCAAAGCACAAAAACCCAUCGAUUCUUACGUAUUCCGAGCGUUUGCAUGUCAUUUACUUCUUCUCCAUAGAUUUCAUAGUCUUUCAGUUAGAAAAACUUAAAAAAUCUGUGAAAUUACAUAUAGUUGUACAAUUUCGUUUUCGAACAAUUACGUUUAAGCUAAGUAUUUUUCUCUAUGAACAUAUCUAUUUGCCAUUUAGUGUAGUUUUAUAUUAAGUCUCCGAUGUGAAAAGAGAUCUGAAACAUUAACAACCCGUCAAAUAUUUUCUGUCAUUUUAUUCGUAAAGUUUUGAAUUUACUUUUACACUUUGACUCUUCCAAGCAUUUUGAGCUCACAUUAGAUUUCAGUUUCCCACAAUGUCUCACAGAUCUGUUACCGGAAGUGGUAAUAGCUGUUUCUAUUAACAUAUCAAGAUGUAACCUUCGUAAGCUUAGGCGUUGUUUCCCCUCUCCAAAUAAAGUAAGUGGGUGCGGCGUCGAUAGCUGAUACGGCUGCCACAUAGCGCCUUACGCCCCAUAGUAACUUGUCCAUGACAUGACUGUUCUCACAAUGCAGAAUUUCUAGUCUUUUGGCGCACAAAGUUAUAAGGUGCUUCGUAAAAUUUCAUGUGAUAUAUAUGAAGUAACUUUUGGAUUUGGUUUUUCCACGUUUGUUCUUUUCUGAGGUUCUUUACGUUGGUAAGCUUCGUGUCAUAUUAUACUUUUGCAAAUUUACAUUUUUACACUCAUGUCUUAGUGCCACUGGCUUAUAUUUUAAGUUGUAGUUAUAACAUAGUCUGUAGUUGGUCAAGUUGCAGCUUCGAACAAUAUUUUGUGCUUUAUUGCUGAAUACUCAUGCGUGAAUACGUUAUUUUAAGAGGUAUCGUUUAGUUUUGUAGGAAUAUCUGUUUUAGAUUUGUAAUGCAAGUUUUGUAUUAAGUACAUUAUAAAAGUACAUGUGAUUUCUAAUCGAUGAUUUUAUUUUAUUAGUUUUUAUGCUAUGUCAUAUGACGUCAGUGUCACAAAUUUUUAUGAUUUAUUACCCGAUCAAGCCGAUCACUUUGUAUGCGCAACUGUGAUUUAGGCAUGGUUACAGGCUGUGAACCAUUCAGAAAUAUUAUAGCCAGCCCGGAAACAUUGCGUAUUGCGCUUGCAUGCAACCAUAUCUUUACGUUGGCUUGUACAAACGAGAUACCUACAGUGGAUUUAUAUCAUUUAUCACUUUGAAAAUGCUUCUUCGGCUAAUAAUAAACUUAUUUUAAAAUUAAUGUUACGAUUUGAGAUUGUCAUUACUUAUAUCUUUCGCAACGGAUUGAUAACUUAUGUUCCAGCCUGAAACUAAAAAGCCUUAUUCAUUUUAUCACAAUAUUUUAGAACAUUUUAUUUUAGAUGAUUCCUAUUUUGAUGAUUUACGACAAAAAUAAAUGAAAUCAAAUUAUUUUAAUGACAACUUCUGUAACUAAGCCAAAUAACAUGGGGGAAAUUUUGAAUUUAAAUUACAUAUCUGACAAAAUGGUUAGUGUGCUACGAUAAGAUUUGAAGAAAUAAAUCAUCAAGAACAAUGUAUUGUAAAUGUUAUAAUCACUAAAUUAAGGAUAAUAUUAUGUAUUUUGUAACGUGAUUUGUUUCUCGGGUUUUCUGAGAGAUUUAAUUAAAUUUUCAUACUAUUAUUGUUUCUUUAUGCUGUGCACAAAUUAUACGAUCGACGGCUUCGAUUCUGUAAUCAUUAGAUCUAAAACGAAUUGUUAUAUUGUGCAUAAUAAGAUGUCAUAUCAAUAGUGUUGUUGACGAAUGUCCGCACGUACACGACGGCAACAAGAUUACUGUUAUACAUGGCGCGCGAAGUGCUGUCACAACGUCGCAUUAGAAAACUUUAUUGACUGUAGCGGCAAAAUAAAUAGAAGUAGGUAAGUAUAAGCGAUUAGUUCACUGUCUUAAAAAAAGAAAUCCUAGCGUAGUGACGGCAUCUCGUAGCGACUGCGUAUGUCUGUCGCGCUUCCUGGCUGUCGCGUAGGAAGUUGUACUAAUUGAGUAUGGAGCACGUUCUUAUAAGUUCGCAUAAAGCACGGUGUAGUGUUCGACACAGGCGACAGCGCGGGCGGCGCGACGGAUUCGCGCUGCCAACUGUAUAUAGUGUUAUCGGUGGUCCGCCACCGCAUGUUGUGCGUAUAAUUUUUACCCUCGGGUUCAUAUUGUUAUCGUAGCCAGAGUUAAAAAGUAUCACUUGUUCGUCAAUUGCACUCGACGCUGUUCAGUUAGUAUAGUAGUGUACUCAUGUUAGCAGGGUUAAUAUUUAUGCCUGUAUUAUCCAAGUGUAUUUAAUGUUAAAGUCGUAGACGUGUUACGGUACUCGUACUUAUUCUGGUCACUUUACAGACACGUCUGCGAGUUUAAUAUUUUGUUAUAAAUAAAUUGUGGGAACAUUGGUAGACGUAGCGCAUACAGUUUGUCGAUAAGUUUAGAUGAGCGAGGUUCGUCGUGUGUCUUGUGGUACGGUCUUUCUAUUCAAGUAAAAUAUUUUUGUUAAAUGCGACAUCGGGGACAGAACACACGGAGCCCAGCUCAUCCUCGCUUUGUACAUUGUGUAAAGCUAGGAGGACGCAUCCCGCGCGGACGCGUGCGCAACGCUGGCAGACGUAUGCGUUACGGUCCGAACAGUAUUUGGGAUGCUAUUACAAUAUCGUGCUCAAUUUCCGUAUGUAUGUUGUACGUGUGAUGUUGAACUAAAUGUUUUCGAAUUAAAUUAAACUUACAAUAGAUUUGUUACAUAAUGAAUGUCUUCCGUUCGGCACAGUUUAUAGAUUCAUUGCACAAGUAUUGUUGCACGUCGGUCCUGUGGGGGAGCCUCCGCCCAGGUGCACAGCGAGCCCUCAUACGAUUUGUGAUAAACUAAAUAAAAUUAAUGGAUUUUCCUUUUUCGUGUGGCAAUUUUAAAAUGAAUUGCAGAGCUGAUUCUCUUUUUAUUGUAAAUAUAUGUUUUUUUUUUCAAAUGAAAAUAUGAAUGAAGUAAAAUCAUUUGAAGCCAUUGGCAUUGUGUACUCAUUUACGUUAUUAAUAAAUUAUAGUAUGAAUUUA